UAGAUGGGCGGCAGUCGCGCGGCUCGCUUGACAGUGCCAGCGCGCCAGGUGUGGACGGGAAACCGAACCUGUAGCACGGUUGGGAAGCGGUCGCAUCGGCCAGUAGCAAAAUGCGUACGAUUAUUCACUAGAACGACCACUACCGAGAAGAAACCUUCGUUCAGACAGCGUUUAGACAACUGCCCGCGUCGCAUUCGUAAUGUAGCCUAUAUAAAGCGUGUUUCGUUGACGCACUAAAACAGGUGCUGUUGUUCCAAACAGCCAAGCAGGUUUGUUGGUUUCUCGCGCUGUCGUGUACCGUUUUCCCGGGUUUGUCAACUAGCUGCUGGAGGCUUUUCAAAAAGCGUCAGACCGAGUCGUGGUGUGAUUAAAUAAGCGCAUGUUCUAUGCUAGCAUUGCGGUCACGUUUUAUAUAUUACGCACAGAUAAAUCUGUAUGUAUUGGAAUACAAACAGAAGUAAUCGCAGCGAAUGAAGUAAAUAAUAUCAUUGAGUUGUUGGAUGUUGGAUUUUAAAUGUUUUUGGAAUAGGCUACAAAACCUUGGAACACACCAUCCAUGACCCACGUUCGUGCGCUACAAGUCAAAUUGCAAUAAAUCAAGCUAUGGCUCUCUUAAGUUACGAGGCGUCUGUUGGGACAUAUUCUCUACUGUUUUCGUGACUGUGAAACUAGAAAGUGACUACACCUUCCCAGCAAACGGCCUGACCAUGUCCAGAACGCUAAAAAAGAAGAAACACUGGUCCAACAAGGUGCAAGAGUGUUCCGUGUCAUGGGGGAACCUGGGCGAGUUCGGCUCCGUGGUGGAGGUCCUGGGGGGAGCAGAGCUCGGACAGUUUCCGUACCUGGGUCAGAUGAAGCUCGAGGUUCUGGUGUGUCACGUCGGUAAACUGCCCUACUACGGAGACGUUCUGUUGGAGGUGAACGGUACCCCGGUUAGUGGACUUACAAACCGUGACACUCUGGCCGUCAUUCGCCACUUUCUGGAGCCUAUCCGUCUGAAGACUGUCAAACCAGGGAAGGUGUUGAACGCUGACCUGCGUCACUACCUCAGUCUGCAGUUCCAGAAAGGAUCUCUAGACCACAAGCUGCAGCAGGUCAUCAGAGACAACCUGUACCUGCGCACCAUCCCCUGUACCACCAGGCUGCCCAGGGAUGGGGAGGCGCCGGGGGUGGACUACAGCUUCAUCAGUGUGGGAGACUUCAGGGUCCUGGAGGAGAGCGGACUGCUUCUGGAGAGUGGAACCUACGAUGGUAACUACUAUGGGACGCCCAAGCCGCCUGCUGAGCCGGUGCUGCUGCAGCCGGAUCUGGUGGACCAGGUUCUGUUUGAUGACGACUUCGGGGGGGAGGUGCAGAGGAAGCGCACCACCUCCGUCAGCAAGAUGGACAGGAAGGACAGCGUCGUCCCCGAGGAAGAGGACGAGGACGAGAGACCCCCACUGGCUAACGGCCUGCCUGAUCUCAAAGCGGGCUCGUCAGGGUGGAGGAAGGCUGUUCCCAGCUACACUCAGUCCAGCGGAGGAAUGGAGGUCCGUGUGUGGAGCUCUUUACCCAGAGACGACAGCCUGGAGCCCCUGCCGCUCAACUGGGAGAUGGCCUACACUGAGACUGGCAUGGUGUACUUCAUAGAUCAUAACAGUAAGACCACCACAUGGCUGGAUCCUCGCCUGGCCAAGAAGGCCAAGCCCCCUGAGAAGUGUGAGGAUGGAGAGCUGCCCUACGGCUGGGAGGAGAUAGACGACCCUCAGUACGGUACCUACUACGUGGAUCACAUCAACCAGAAGACCCAGUUUGAGAACCCAGUUCUGGAGGCCAAGAAGAGGCUGAAUGUGCAGUCUGCUGCUGUCAUGCUGCAGGCAGAGACUCCUCUCACAGGCCAGGCCUUCACCCCUGACCCCAGCCAGCUCCAGGGGCAGCUGUACCACACCACCCUGAGGAAGAGCUCCCAGGGGUUUGGCUUCACCAUCAUCGGAGGAGAUCGCCACGACGAGUUCCUGCAGGUGAAGAACGUCCUCCCCGACGGCCCCGCUGCUCAAGAUAACAAGAUGGCGUCUGGUGAUGUGAUCGUAGAGAUCAACGGUACGUGUGUCCUGGGUAAGACCCACCCAGAGGUGGUCUUGAUGUUCCAGUCCAUCCCCGUCAACCAGUACGUGGACAUGGUGCUCUGCAGGGGCUACCCUCUGCCCCCGGACGUGGACCUGACCAGCGACGACCCCCCGCCCCCCCCAGCCCCCGGCCUCCAGGGGGGCGAUGUGGUGACGGCUGUGCCCCUCCUCAACGGCCAGCCUCUCCUGGUGGAGGGAGAGGCCUUGCACGGCUCCUCCCAGGAGCUCCACUACGUGACUACCGACGCCAGCGGCCGGCCCGUGGUGGCCGCCCUGCCCGGCGGGGGGCGUCAGGCCGAGGCUGCGGGGGCCAUGCUGCAGCCAGAGCUGGUCAGCGUGCCCCUCAUGAAGGGGCCGGGGGGGUUUGGAUUCGCCAUCGCAGACUGCCCCCUGGGCCAGAAGGUGAAGAUGAUCCUGGAUGCACAGUGGUGCCGCGGACUGCUGAAGGGGGACGUCAUUAAGGAGGUGGAACGCCACAACGUGCAGGCACUCAGCCACGCACAGGUGGUGGACAUCCUGAAGGAGCUGCCGGUGGGGAGGGAGGUCAACCUGCUGGUGCUGAGAGGAGGUCACACCUCUCCUGUUAAGAGCCUCAAACCUAAGCAGGAGAUGACAGCUAGCACCCAGAGUCUGGACUGUCUCCCUGACUCCGCCCCCCAGCCCCUCCCCUACCACGCCCUCACACUAGGCUCCGCCCCCCAGCCCCUCCCCUACCACGCCCUCACGCUAGGCUCCGCCUCCCCCAAGAGGGAGGCUACAGAGAUGUACCUCAAGUCCCGUGCCCUGCUGGAGAGCAAGCAACCCUUCACCAGAGACCUGGAUGUGUUCAUCAAGAGGGACCAGGAGACGGGCUUCGGCUUCCGUGUCCUGGGAGGAGAGGGGCCGGAACAGCCAGUGUACAUCGGUGCCAUCAUUGCCAUGGGAGCAGCAGAGAAGGACGGGCGUCUGAGAGCAGGAGACGAGCUGAUCGGUAUCGACGGCAUCAUGGUGAAGGGACGCUCCCACAAGCAGGUGCUCGAUCUGAUGACCAACGCUGCUCGCAACGGACAGGUGCUGCUCACCGUCCGCAGGAAGGUCAUCUACAGAGACGCCACGGAGGAGGAGGCCUUUCAGAGCCUGUCCCCAGCACUGGUCAAUGGCUCCCCCCGCCUGCCCCGCCUGCAGACGCCCUUCAGUGGCUUGGACCAGCCCUCCUUCGACAUCACGCUGCACCGCAGGGACAGCGAGGGCUUCGGAUUUGUCAUUCUCACCUCCAAGAGCCGCCCCCCGCUGGGAGUGAUCCCUCACAAGAUUGGCCGCAUCAUCGAGGGCAGCCCGGCAGAGCGCUGCGGCGUGCUGAACGUGGGAGACCGCAUCUCCGCGGUGAACGGGCGCUCCAUCAUCGAGCUGUCACACAACGACAUUGUGCUGCUCAUCAAGGAGGCGGGCCUCUGUGUCACACUCACCGUGGUGCCCGAGGACGAGUACAAGGGCCCCCCCUCAGGAGCCAGCUCAGCUAAGCAGAGCCCCGCCCCCCAGCACAGGACCCUGUCUGCCCAGCAGGACGAGCAUUUCAACUUGGACCUGGAGGAGAACAGAGAGGAAGUCAGCUGGUCAGAAUACAAGACACUUCCUGUGGGCGACCAAGGAACACUGUGUGUUACAGGCCCCAAACAGGACUGCCUGACGGUGGAGCUGGACCGGGGAGAGAGGGGGUUUGGUUUCAGCCUGCGCGGGGGGACGGAGUACAACAGGGGGCUAUACAUCCUGCGCCUGGCGGAGGACGGGCCGGCCCAGCUGGACGGCAGGAUCAGAGUGGGGGACCAGAUAGUGGAGAUCAACGGGGAGCCCACCCAGGGCAUCUCUCACACCCGGGCCAUAGAGCUGAUCCAGGCUGGGGGCUGUAAGGUUCUGCUGCUCCUCUGCCCCGGGGCCGGCCUGGCACAGGACAGCAGUGAGUCUGCACUUCCUGGUCUGCGGACACCGACCGCUAUUUCACCUGCCAGUUCGCCCAGAGACACGCCUCCCCUCCUCUCUCCUCUCCACGCCAGCUCCACCAUCUCAGGUUCUGCCCCCCCGGCCCCCCGCCCCCACACCAGCAGGGGCCCAGGGGAGGGGGGCAGGGAGCAGGGGGACCAGCCGGAAGACAGUCCGCCCCCCAGCAGCCUCUCUACCCACCGUCAGGAACCCAGACGCCCAAAGACAGCAGGGGAGACACAGUCCCUCCCCAAAGCCAAAGAGCGCUCAAACAGUCCCAAAAAACACGAGAGGAGUAAACAGGAAGUGGAACGAAGCAAGACAAACAGGAAGUCCCACCCACAGAAAGAAAGCAGGUCCCCCAGCCCCAGGAAGGCACCUGUAGCUGGACAGGAAGUGGCAAGCAGUUAUCAGCAGGCAGACAGACCACAAAGGCAGCAGAGGAAGGAUGCCAGCAGAGAGGGCUUUAAAGAAAAGAAGUCCGCUAAACGAGGGGAUGCCAGGGGCAGGAGCUGUCGGGGGGGCGAGGCUGCCUCUGAGCUGGUCGCUAGCAGCGAGAGGACCGGGGCCGAGGCCCGGCGUGACUCUCCCAGGGAGAAGCAGAGGGGAGGGGGGGGAGAGGCAGGCACAAGGGCUUCUGAGGGGAGGAGCCAAGCCAGCAAAGACCUGGGUCGGGAGGUCAGGAAAGCAGAGACUGGCGAAAGAGAGGAGAGGAGCGGGAGGGAAAGCAAGACCUCCUCUAAAGAGGAGCGGAGCAGAGAGGAGGCUGCGGCCCCCUCCCCUCGCAGCUCCCAGGGGCCUCCUGACCCCCCCGACCCCAGGGCCCCCCUGAGCCCUGGCCCCUGGAGAGUGCCCUGCUCUGCCAGGAUCCUGUCCCACGCCGAGGCACUGAGGGACCCGCUCUGACAGACCUCCACACACGGCCCAACAAAAAAACAAACCUACAACUGUGUUUUUCUUCAUUUUAGAGUGCUGGUGAUUUUUUUGGGGUGGGGUGGGGGGUGGUGGGGUGGGGGGUGGUGGGGUGGUGGGAUGGGGUGGCUGUUUUGACUUGAAGCUCCUCCGGUCUUCUGUGUCCUCAAUGUUCCUGUGCAGGACUUGGGUCUUACCUCUUUGACAGUGCAUCUGCAUGUAGCACAACUGCUCUCUCUCUCUCAACUCUUUUUCUUAAAUCUCUUUUCUUUCCCCCGUCUGUCAGCGCAGGGCCAUAGUCAGACUAACUCUUCCUGAUGUGAAUAUGUGCCAAUGUGGGGAUGUCGACUAUAGACAGCCAGACCUCAGCUGUUACGAUGCAACCUUCCCAUAUGCAACUGAGGACAGGAGCCCUGCCUCCGACCUGCUCCGAGGUGUUUGGGUUCAGAGGGGUUAGCCCCCCACCCGCACCGGUGUCUUUGCUCAGCUGCAUGCCACGUCCACGCAUCUUCUGGUUUUUCUUGCACACUUCCGUUCAGCGGCACAGUGGACGCCUGCUCCUGCUUGUAGAUAGAUAACUAUGAUGACCAUGUGACCAUCUGUCCACGCAGGGCCGAGCCCAGACACCAGUCCUACCCAGGAUUUUAGACUGUUCUAAGACUAUUGUAGAGACAAUUCUUUCUUGUUAUAAAAUAUAUCAAUACAGAAGACUAGAAGCUUGUGGUUUGAGAUAUUGUUUACCACGUGUACGAUUACUUUGUGUAAUUUAUUUAAAUUCUAGAUUAAUAUGUGUAUCUGUAGCCGUACUGAAACACUCCACAUUUUGCUCUAGAUCUCAGAGGUCGGUUGGGACCGAUCUUCUCAUGUAUCCUAGUUCCUUCCUAGUAACUUCCAUAGGUCUUCACACAAAUUGCCAUGUGUUUACUAGAAGUUUGCCAUCGCUCAAAAUAUGUGUUUAUUGUGGACAAAAAUGUGAGAAUUGUCAUAUUUUACAGAAUUUAACAGUUUUGGUGUUUUACCGGUCUGUUUAAAUGCACUACACACUUUCCUGCGUAGCGUUCUAGGACCACUAUGACAUGUGACUGCUCAGAGAGUCUGACCUCUACAGCUGGGUGGGGUCUGACCUCUACAGCUGGGUGGGGUCUGACCUCUACAGCUGGGUGGGGUCUGACCUCUACAGCUGGGUGGGGUCUGACCUCUACAGCUGGGUGGGGUCUGAUCUCUACAGCUGGGUGGGGUCUGACCUCUACAGCUGGGUGGGGUCUGACCUCUACAGCUGGGUGGGGUCUGACCUCUACAGCUGGGUGGG